GCUAGGUUUUGCCUCUGUAAAAGAAACAGCGGCUGCAGAAGGAAGAAGAAAGAAGAAGAAAGAAGGUACCCACUGUCUUCUAUCUACUGCAUCUGCUGCUUACCAACAACAAGGUUUCGAAACUCUGCAGAUUUUCCGAUAUGAAGCUGACCGUCGAAUUCGGCGGAGGAUUAGAGCUUCUUUGCAACUCUGUAAAGAUUCAUAAUGUCAAUGUAGAACUGCAAAGCGGAGCAGAAAAGUUAACAAUGAAGGAUUUGCUCUCUUGGAUUCGUACCAAUUUGAUCAAGGAGAGGCCUGAAAUGUUUAUGAAAGGAGAUACUGUGAGACCUGGUGUUCUGGCCCUUGUGAACGAUUGCGAUUGGGAGCUGAGUGGCCAACUUGAUACAACACUAGAGGAGAAGGAUGUGGUUGUUUUCAUUUCAACCUUACAUGGUGGAUAGUAUGUGGAUCUUUGAAAUAUCUUUAGAUUACAAGCAAUCAUUCGUCAUGGGAUUGUAAGAGCUUGACCUUAUUAUCCAUGUAUGUGAACAUCACUACUUACUGUUUCCCUAUCCAAGCAUUUAGGAAUGAGCUGGAAGUAUAUUGAUAUAAGGUUGACAUCAUUAUGUAGUUGGAUUGAGACCCAAGUAGUUCAGUUAUAUAUACUCUUGAAGUGGUUUGAAACCACCCUAUGGGUUUUUGCUGACU